AUGGGCGGGGGCGCCAGGCCUGAGAAGGCCAGGAGUGAGGAUGAGGAGGGAGGCCAGGAGGUCGAGGAGUUCAGCCGAACGCUCAGUGUGGUCCGGAGGGCGGAGCGAGGACCGGCUUCCGGGCGACACUCGGACUGGGGUGGCCUUAGGGGAGGGGACGAGCCAUCAGAAAUCCACCCGGAGACAGCUGUCCCAGGAAGGGUCUGCUCCCAAGGGGGCAGUGGCCAUGGCUGCAUGUUUCUCUUGCAGAAGACACACCAGUUCGUCUACUGCCCAGACACUGGCUGGGCUGUGGGCGCCGAGGAAUCUGACUUUGAGGGCUGGGCCUUCCCUUUCCCGGGAGUGAUGCUGAUCGAGGACUUUGUGACGCGGGAGGAGGAAGCCGAGAUGGUGCGGCUCAUGGACCGUGACCCCUGGAAGCUCUCCCAGUCUGGACGGAGGAAGCAGGACUACGGCCCCAAGGUCAACUUUCGGAAGCAGAAACUGAAGACCGCGGGCUUCCGAGGCCUCCCCAGCUUCAGCCGCGAGGUGGUGCGGAGGAUGGGCCUGUACCCCGGGCUGGAGGGCUUCCGGCCCGUCGAGCAGUGCAACCUGGACUACUGCCCCGAGCGGGGCUCCGCCAUCGACCCCCACCUGGACGACGCCUGGCUGUGGGGGGAGCGGCUGGUGAGCCUCAGCCUCCUGUCCCCCACCGUGCUGUCCAUGUGCCGCGAGGUGCCGGGCAGCCUGCUGCUCUGCUCCGCCCCGGAGGCCGCCCCGGAGGCCUUGGCGGGCAGCGUGAUCGCCCCCAGCAGGUCCGUGCUGUGCCAGGAGGUGGAGGUGGCCGUCUCCGUGCCCCGCCGCUCCCUGCUGGUGCUCUCGGGGGCCGCGCGCCACCAGUGGAAGCACGCCGUCCACCGCGAGCACAUCGAGGGCCGCCGCGUGUGUGCCACCUUCCGGGAGCUGUCGGCGGAGUUCUGUCCCGGAGGGCGGCAGCAGGAACUGGGCCGCGAACUCCUGCAGAUCGCCCUCUCCUUCCAAGGAAGGCCUGUGUGAGCUGCUUCUGGGACAGAGCCCAUUCUGGGACUGGUGGAAGGUGCUGGCUCC